GUGCAUUUUCCGGGCCUAGUAAAACGAUAACAUUGCUGAAGUCUGAAAGACGAAAACGAGAACGUGUUAGUCGAAAAGAAAAUAAUUAUUGAAAUCUCUCAGACGUUACAUUAACAAAUAUGUUGGAAGACCUCAGUAUCAGCGUCUGAAGACUGUUUAUGACAUGUCCUUUGUUUACUAAACACACAUUAGCCAACUGAGCCCAGCGCUGAUUAGGUGUCCUCUGCACAUUGUAUGAGCAAGAUCAUUCACCAUGGAAACCGAAGCAGAGGUUAUUCCUAUUUGGCAGAACAAGCCUCAUGGGUCGACUCGCAGUGUGGUGAGGAGAAUAGGCUCUAUUGUACCCAUGAAACCACCGCCCAGGGCAUGUUUCCAGGAACUCCCAGGUCUCCCUCCUCUGCGGCCCAUGGAUGGCCCCACGGUGCCCACACUGGCAGACAUUGCCUGGAUCGCAGCAGAUGAGGAGUCUGAGACCUAUGCCAGAGUGCGGAGCGAUUCACGCCCUCUUAGACAUGAGUGGCGACCCACGCCUCUCCUGGUUAUGCACAGGAACUCCUCUGUGCCCAACUUCCGCCGCGACGUCAAGAAGGUGGAGACGCUGAGGAAGCCUGCGGUGACGGCCAUGAACCGUACCACCUCCCUGCAGGAUGAGCUGAGCAGACUCCGCUCCCAGAUCGCCAAGAUCGUAGCCACAGAAUCUGGCUCCAACCCCUUGACCCCCGACCUCCUGUCCCCCGACGACACCAGCAUGAGCUUUUCCAUGGCGCCCUUCGAGACGGCGCCCUACCAGCCCGCCGCCUCAGCCUCCUUCGUCAUCAGUGAUGUGACGGAAGAGGAAGAGGAGGAGGAAGAUGAGGAGGAGGAUGUGGUGUCUGUGGUUUCGGAGCUUAUGCCGGACCCCAUGCCGCCCGCAAACAUGUCUGCCUCUAUGACGGCCUCGGCGACCUUUGACCUGGACCAUCCCAGCAUGGACUUCCGGGAGGCGGAGGAGGACACAGUGUCGCUGUCCAAGUCCACCAGCUUUGCUGACGUCAUGGACAUCCUGAAGGACAUGAACCGCAUGAAGAUGAGCAAGGACAGGUGCAACAGAGGCUGCACCUCCCUGAUGGGCGAGUCGGACUCCGCCUCUCUGAUCUCCGAGGCCUUGAGGAAGAAGUUUACCCUGAAGGAUGAAGACAUCAGGGGGAUGAAGAAACACACCUAGAGCCCCUGUAGUCCUCCACCUCCCCACAGGAUUGUCUCUCAUUGCGUCUCUCUCUUCUGCUGCCAGGCCUGUGCCUGACGACCCAGUCCCGUGGAGACCCGGCUGCACCUCAUCAACCGUGGCAACGGUUAAACCAGACGGAAAAACAAACCACCACCUCCCAGCAGGCCCAGUCAGUCUGAACCCCAACAAAUCUAAACCAUACCCUAGCUAUUAAAAAUAUUGCCUAGUCAGACCAUGGUAGUAGCUGGCUGAUAGGCACUAUUAGAUGGGUGCUGUUUGACGUAGCACAGAGAAUUUUUGACCAACCUUAACUUGUCGAUUCUUCCUCAAUUCCAGACUUGGAAGACAACUAAUGUCUUCUAAAAGUCAAUGUCUAGUUUCAGGGGGUUUGAAUUUAGAAAAAUAUAUUUAGUCUGCCACCCAUUAAUAAUGAUUAAAAAGAAAAGUCAAAAGGUUUGACAGCCGUACCAUAUAAAAUGCAAGUCAGUUGGGAACAGGUUUUUGAUGUCCCAAUACCUUGGCAUCGAGUCUAUGAACUUGUUAAAUGGCGUUAUACUGUGAAAGAUGGGUUAAUCUGUGGACACCUUUAGGGUUGGCGUAAUACUGGGAAAGAUGGGUUAAUCUGUGGACACCUUUAGGGUUGGCGUAAUACUGGGAAAGAUGGGUUAAUCUGUGGACACCUUUAGGGUUGGCGUAAUACUGGGAAAGAUGGGUUAAUCUGUGGACACAGGAGGGUUGGCGUUAUACUGUGAAAGAUGGGUUAAUCUGUGGACACCUUUAGGGUUGGCGUAAUACUGGGAAAGAUGGGUUAAUCUGUGGACACAGGAGGGUUGGCGUUAUACUGGGAAAGAUGGGUUAAUCUGUGGACAUGGGAGGGUUGGGGUUAUACUGGGAAAGAUGGGUUAAUCUGUGGACACCGGAGGGUUGGGGUUAUACUGGGAAAGAUGGGUUAAUCUGUGGACACCGGAGGGUUGGCGUUAUACUGUGAAAGAUGGGUUAAUCUGUGGACACCUUUAGGGUUGGCGUAAUACUGGGAAAGAUGGGUUAAUCUGUGGACACAGGAGGGUUGGCGUUAUACUGGGAAAGAUGGGUUAAUCUGUGGACAUGGGAAGGUUGGCAUUAUACUGGGAAAGAUGGGUUAAUCUGUGGACUCCGGAGGGUUGGCAUUAAGAUCGGGAAGAAAAUGUGAAUUGGCUGCUGUGGGUGAAAAUCCAGCACUUGAAGAAAGAGUAAAUUAGAAAUAUAAAUGUAUAGUUAUUUAAUGACAGGUACUGUAGAUGUGAGUGAAACAGCUGUAAAUAGCAGAAGUAUUGUAGUCUGUUUAUUCCAAUCAGAGUAGGGAAAUGAACAAAUAAGGAGAUUGAAAAUGAUGCAGACAAUUUCAUGGAUAGAACCUACAUUCUAUCUGCAAUAUUAAAGCUGAUCUACCCGCCCCCACAAAAAAAUGGAAUUAAUGUUUUGCUCCAUGAGGUAAUCCAACAAUGUGUACACCGCCAUCGUGUUCAUCUUCUCUCAUUGAUUAAGUCAGGUGGGUGUCCACCCUGUAGUGCCACAUGUCAUGAUUAAACUCAUUUGACUUUGAAAUAGUCAAGAUGGUGGCGUACAGAUUGUUGGAUUACUUCAUAGAUCAAAAAAUGUAUAACAGCAUAUUCUAAAUUCAAACGAACUCCCUGCAACUAGAUAUGGAUGUUUUAGAAUACAUUUGGUCUUCCAAGUCAGGAAUGGUGGAAGUCUCGCCAAGUGAACGUUGGUUAAAUUCUAUGUGCUAUGCCAAACAGUACCUAACCUGUAACGUCUGAUGGAGCAUCACAUUAGCCAUUACAAUAUGCUAGCUAAACCACACCACUCCUGUUAUUCAAUCAACAAUCUGUUUACACUCACUGUCUGCUCCCACACACCUCCCAAAAAGGUAGAUUCCUUAUCCCAUUGCUUCAGGAGCAACGUCAUGGCAACGUCAUUUUGUGGGCACCGUAUAACAUGCCCUACAGAUUCACCUGCUUUGAUGGCUCUCGCUAAUCACCAGACUGACUCCAGUACUGCCUAGUCAUCUUUUUAUGUACAGGCUGGGGUUUCUCUAGGAUAUCGUACCAGUCCUAGUACCACGAGAGAAACCAUUUCCCCCUUCUUUUUUUGACAAGCUUAGACUUUCAACAGAAGGUUGUGGAUGGAUGCAUUUGUUUGAGUGGGAUAGUUGUAAUUUUUUCUAAUUUUGUUUCUGUAUAGUCGUGAUAAUACAUACUUGAAGUUGUAUGUACAAAUAAGACUGAGGAGAGUAACAGAUUACUACAAAACACUUAAUACUCUGUUCAUUUACAGCUAAAAAUCUCAUGUUUUUCAGUGUUAUGGCUGCAUUAGAAAUACAAUAAUGACCUUGCGGUCAUAGUCAAUGUGUACAACAUAGAUUUAUUUAUUUGCAGUCUUCUUCAGGACCUACUCAUUAACCCAUUGCAUCCAUACGAGAACAUGUUAUUGCUGUCCUUGGGGUAAUGACUCUCAGAAUUUAGCUUGAUUGAUGGCCCUUUGGUAAACAUGAUACAGAUAAAUAAAUCCCAAUUAAAAUCAGUGGACGGCCAUGGCUAAAUAUGAAUGAUAUGUGUUUGAUGUGUCGUCUUCGGACUUGUGUGAUACAAGGAAAGCUUGGAAGACUUAUAAAUCUACGGUAAAAUGUGAAUGAAAGUUUUCUCUUGUGUGAUGUUGCGCUAUAGCUGCCUGUUAAGACACCAGAGAACAACUGUACAGUUUUUUUUAUGUAGAUACAAAAUGUCAGAUUUCCCUAUGGUGUAGAAUGCGUGGCUCUUGGGAAUGUGACAAUGUGCAUGUUUACUGUCACGAUACACUAAAAGAUAUGAGUAUGAGUGACUCUUGUGUCUUUUUGAAAAUUAUCUCCUGUUGACGCCUUAUAACAAAACCUAUUGCCUCUUCCAAUAUGGCAGUUGUUCUUUUUAUUUAUUGGUUGGUGUGCCGUAACUUUCCAAUGUUUUUGUCUUUUUCCUCAGUUUGCCACACCUCUUGAGCCCCUAAACUUUUACGCAACCACCCAUAGGCACAUUGUAUCUGUCCCAUUAUGGCGUCUGUGAGAGCACCGGCAGCACCAUUGAGGCCAUCUCCAUUUUGAAGUAGUCAAUUUUGUCUUUCUCCUUCUAUGAGUUGGCAAACAAACUGAAAGGGUGCACACUGCCACCUAGAGUGUGUUUUGAACAGGUAUAAAGACGAGGUUCGGCUAUUUACUGCCACUUGCAGUUAUGGAAUGUUUUCUCACAAGUAUAAUUCAUUGGCUGAUCCCUCCUGGUGACCUGGAUUUAAUUAUGUGAUCCUUCCUUAAGUCAUAGGAAUCCCCACCCAGAUUACUACUUUAAAAUGCUGGGAUCCCUCAAUGGCAAUGUCCAUGAAAAAAACAAGUUUUCUACAUCUAGAGACCUCUAUCAUUCUCUUUGUCAACAACCACACUUUUGACAUUUGCAUACAUCAAGUGACUGACUUGACUGCUUUGGGAGCCAAUCAUGUGUCAUUUCUUCUCCUUUAUCAUGAAACCCCUCCCCCUUCACAGAAGAAAUGCUUCUCCACUCAUUUUGAGUUAUCAUAUCAGGAUAAGAUAAUUAUAUUACUCUACUCUUUGUUGAGAUGUGUGAAUACCAACUUGCCUCUAGGCAGUGGAACUGUAGUUUAGUUUGCAGUGAAAGCGAGGUCCCACAAAGUUGUCUAUGGGGUGAGAUAAGGACGCCCAGCUGUGUGUUAAGGUCUGUAUCUCGUCUGUUUUGUUUCUUUCUUCAGUGUCUGGCUCCUCUUAGGUCUUCUAACAAAUAUUCCCAUUUUAAGUGUGCAAAAUCGAGAGAAUCAAAGCUUUGAGCUGAGCAUUUCACAAAGUAUGCUUCAGAUUUAUUUUAUUUUUCAAGGUUUGGCAUUACUCAUGUGGUCAAGAGUCUGUCUUUACAGGCGUUUUGUGAACCCCAUAGGUAACGGAACCAGAGCAGUUACUACUAUUCUUGGUGUACCGGUGUUCCUAUUGAUAGAAAGGGAUCUUUACUGAGCAUUUCAAUCACCAGCUUUGUUUUUAUUCUGCUUUGCGCCAUUUUUGUUUUGGAUAACUAUUGACCAUGCCACAUAAUGGUCUCUGAUAAUAUGCCCGCCAUACUUGUCAGUUUUAUUCUGCCAAAUGGAAGAAAGAGCUCUUUGUCUGUCUUGUUUUGAAACGUAAAUAAAGAUGGGCUGAUGUUUUAAA